UCCGCAGUGACCUCUGUCCCUUUAAAUCGGUUAUUCGUUUGCCGACGUAUAUUUUCUCACAGUAAUAACGGCAUUGAUGCGGACCUCGUCGUCUCGGAACAACACCGCAGCACUCGUUCUUUGAACAAAAUGGCCAUAUUAACGACUUUGUUCGCGUUUCUGUAUCAUUUGCCUCUGGUUUACAAAUGGCUACUAAAACCGUACUACGUAGCCUCGUUGUUCAUGUCUCUUGUAUUUCUGGCCAUUCGCAAGACGCCUGGGAUCUGUGAACAUCUUUCGACGCAACGCGAGGAUGGGAACUCGUGCGAUUUCGACUGGAGAGAGGUGGAGAUACUGAUGUUUCUUAGCGCUAUAGUCAUGAUGAAGAACAGAAGAGCAAUUACUGUCGAGCAGCAUCUGGGCAAUAUUAUCCUCUUCUCUAAAGUGGCCAAUGUGAUUCUGUUCUUUAGACUGGAUAUAAGUCUGGGACUACUCUACUUGACACUGUGCAUCGUAUUCCUGAUGACCUGCAAACCUCCACUCUACAUGGGCCCAGAGUACAUCAAGUACUUCAGUGAUAAAACCAUCGACGAGGAGUUGGAGAAGGACCACAGAGUGACCUGGAUUGUGGAGUUUUUUGCUAACUGGUCACCAGAAUGUCAGUCUUUCGCCUCGGUCUUUGCCGAUCUAUCGCUGAAGUACAACUGUGAAGGGCUGAAAUUCGGAAAAGUGGAUAUUGGCCGCUAUGGGGAAGUAUCUAAGAAGUAUAAGGUCAGCACAUCCCCCCUAUCUAAGCAGUUGCCUUCCCUGGUGCUCUUUCAGGAAGGAAAGGAAAUCAUGAAGCGCCCUCAGCUGGACAAGAAGGGAAGGGCAGUGUCAUGGACUUUUACAGAGGAAAACAUCAUCCGAGAGUUUAACCUAAAUGAGCUGUAUCAGAAGUCAAAGAAACUCUGUAAGAGCAAAGGAGAGAAGAGCGAGCAGUUCGCUGUACCAGUGUUCUCCCCUGUGCCUGAAGAGGAGGAACCAGAGGCUGAAACCAUCAACGCGAUGGACACAGAAAGCAAGAAGGACAAAUAGAAUGUGUAUGUGCUAUUUAAGAUCGCUGUGAUGUCAGAAUGGGACUGGAUGAUAUUUUGAUAAUGCUCAGUGCGCAAAGAAUUUUACGUCGUUGAACAAACGGAAUGACUGUAUUUUUUGUUUAACAUAUAGAUCUUAAUUUAUUAGUUCAGUCAGGCUGAUAGUAUAGUAAAUUAUAAUACACAUUAAAAAAUCAUAAUCGUAAAUACUGGACUGGUAUACUCUGAUGUCCAUCAUUCAUUAGUUGAACAGGGCAUUGCUGAUUCUGUCUCUGCCAACUGAGUUUGACAUGAAUAAAGUUAAACAUAAUUAAACAAUCGGACACCAUCUACCUCUAAUAUGGUUCAUAAUUUUUAGUCAGUGAUUAUUUAGUAAGAGGUUAUGUGUUGCAAGUGCAUCACAACUGGGAUAUCAGUUCUUUUUACUAUUAUUAAUAACAUUCCUUUUUUAAUCGUAAGUCACUCCAGUUUUUCCUUUUCUGUUGUGUCUUCUACUAAUUCUAAAAGACAUAUGUUGCUGUGUUUUUUAGUGCCGACUACAUGGUUUCUGUAACAUUAAAAGGGACAGUUUUUCAGUGAAUGCCAACAAUGUUGUGAAAACAUUUCACAGCGUGUGUAAAGUUUCCAAAUGAUUGCCAUUAAUACAUAAAGACAUGGGGUUUUCAGUUAUUUCCAGCCUGAAUACUGCUGUACAUGUCUAAAAUAUUUGUAUUUCCUAUUAUUAAUUUUAUUUGUGCUAAUGUCUUUUUACAUGUCAUUUUUAUUUAAACAGAGGCAUGGAAGAAAGCUGCAGGCAGUGUUUAUUUUAACCUACAGGAUUUACUUUCAAGUUGAAUGCUAGUAUUGUCAAUAUUUUCAUCCUAAAUCUAGUCCUAAAUUGACCCGCAGAAAGAGCAAUAUUGUUUUUGUAACCGUUUCAAAAAAUAAGUUGGUUUUCACUAAUGCUUGUCAAUGAAUUGAUUGUCAUUGGUAUUUUGUCAUUCAAAUUAAACACUGUUCAGCAUCUUGUUUUACUACCUUUUAGCUAAUGAAAUUAAUCUAACUUUAGUGGCAUUAAAUUCACUCUUUGUAGAAUAACCAAGAUGUUAAAAGAUUUCUUCAAAGGGCGAAUGCUGCACAUCUAAAUAUUACAUGUGCAGUUAGUGAGAUUUAACAUGAAAAUAACACUAAGUAUUUGAACUCUUUAUCCACACAAUGAAUGCCAUUGUUACAGAUAACAAUUGAAAGAGAACCGGUCCCAGUGGGUGUAGUCGGUGUUUUAAAAAAAUCCCUUAAAGUUAACAACACAGGUUUUCAUUAAAAACGAAACAAAAUAUAAUUAGCUUUUAACGAUUUUCAUUUGACGCGCGUGACCCCCGGUUAGUGUUUGGUUAGUGUCUAAUAAUAUAACUUUAUAUUAUAUGUAAUGCAAGUUAAUAUUGUAUAUUAAAUUGCAAAUAUAAUAAUUGUAUUAAACAAAUGAUUUGUUGAAAUUUGUUGUAUGUUCAUUUGAUUAAAUAAACAAUUUGGGUCCUGUUGUUUUGACGCA